CCCUCUGCUUUUGGCGCGGUCUAGGCAGCUGUAGCGGCCAUCUUGGAAUCCUUUCGGUACCUCUCGCGACGCCGCAUGACUUGGUGACCCAUUGAUUCUUCACUCUUCGUUGUUUUACUCGCUAAACAACUUUGUUUGUCGACGACGGCACCUGUGGUUCUUUUUGUCCACCGAGAACUGAAACUACCGAAGAAUUGGUCGCAAAAAAGCCGCUAUGGCAACCGCAACCCCAAGCCGUGAAUCUGGCCGGCCGGCGGCCUCGACGCCCCUCUCACCCACCCGCAUCUCUCGCCUACAGGAGAAGCAGGACCUGCAGCACUUGAACGACCGGUUGGCCGUCUACAUCGAGCGAGUCCGGUCCCUGGAGCUGGAGAAUGAUCGGCUUAUGGUCAAAGUAUCCGAAAAAGAGGAGGUCACGACCAGAGAGGUGAGUGGUCUGAAGGCUCUGUACGAGGCGGAGUUGGCCGACGCUCGCCGUGUUCUGGAUGAAACUGCAAGAGAGCGAGCCCGACUGCAGAUAGACUUGGGCAAGGCUCAGGCUGACCUGGAAGAAGCAACUCGCAGUGGCAAGAAAAAGGAUUCAGACCUUGCAGCAGCGAUGUCCAGGGCCAGUGGCUUGGAAAGUCAGCUCAACCAGAGUGAAGCUGCGCUCUCUACAGCUUUGAGCCAGAACGCUGCUCUCACUUCUGAGCUGGCUGACAUCAGGAGCCUGCUGACUAAGGCUAAUGACAGCCAUGAUGUUGCCAAGCGACAGCUGGAAGCAGAAACGCUGAUGCGUGUGGACUUGGAAAAUCGUUGUCAAUCACUGAAUGAGGAGCUGGAGUUUAGGAAAAACAUGUUUGAAGAGGAGGUCAGAGAGUCUCGGCGCAGACAAGAGCAGAGAAUCGUGGAGGUGGACUCAGGAGUCCGACAGGACUAUGAGUUCAAACUGGCACAAGCUUUACAGGACCUGAGAAAACAGCACGAUGACCAGGUUGCUCUCUACAAGGAGGAACUGGAGCAGACCUUCCAGGCCAAGCUGGACAAUGCCAAGGUGUCUUCGGAGAUGAACGACAAGGCCAUGUGCACAGCUAGAGAAGAGCUACAGGAGUCCCGAAUGAGAAUCGAGAGACUGGGAUAUCAGCUGAGCGACCUGCAGAAACAAGCGGCUGCCACCGAGGAACGUGUCCGAGAACUUGAAGAGAUUCUGUCGUCCGAGCGAGACAAGCACCGCCGCAUCAUGGAGGCAAAGGAGCAUGAGAUGAAUAACAUGCGGGAGCGAAUGAAUGCUCAAUUGAGCGAGUACCAGGAGCUGCUGGAUGUGAAGCUCACACUGGACAUGGAGAUCAACGCCUACAGGAAACUGCUGGAGGGGGAGGAGCACAGGCUCAAGCUGUCUCCCAGCCCAUCUUCGCGAGUCACCGUUUCCAGGGUGACGGGCUCGUCAUCCUCGCGCACCUCCAAGAGGAAGCGGGUGGAGCUGGAGGCCGGCAACCUCCCCGAGAUGGGUCGUGGAGAGGAGCAGCUGCUGGUGUCUGAAGAGGCCACUUCCAGUGGCGCCAUCACUAUCUCGCCCACUGACAUGGACGGGAAUGCUGUAACCCUGGCCAAUGACACGGAGGAAGACCAGCCCUUGGGCAACUGGAGGCUGAAGAGACAAGUGGAUGAUGGGGAGGAGAUUGUGUACAAAUUCUCUCCAAAGUUUGUUCUCAAGGCUGGACAGACAGUCACUGUGUGGUCUGCAGAUGCCGGUGUGUCUCAUAGUCCGCCAUCUGACCUCCUGUGGAAGAGCCAGGCUUCCUGGGGCACCGGAAGUGACAUCAUCACCAGCUUGGUCAACUCGGAUGGCGAGGAAGUGGCCAGACGAUGUGUCAGCAAGACUCAAGUGGAAAUGGAGAACGGCGAGGAAGAGGAGGAAGUGGCACAAAAGGGCAAAGUGUCGUCCAGAGAGUGCGCCAUCAUGUGAAGCCUUUACAGCCUCCUCUUUUGACCGCAAAAGCCACUCCAAUCUGAUCCAGUCCAUGACAUUGUUAGCCUCAAUAGUAGUACUUCUUGGGCUACUUCUUUCAUACCAUUCAUCUUCCUUGACAAGCUUUGGUUUGUUGGCUACCAACAUUCCACUACCACAGCCAUACAUCAUUAGACUCAAAAUAGACCGUAUAGAGAAUUUAGGACAUUUUCCAUGUUAAAGGGCUUCCACUGCGCUCCCUGAAGAUAAAAAGAAAAAGCUCAUUAAGUGUUCAUUUUUAAAGAACAUUUUGUUCACCUGUUUUUUAUAUGUACUCUUAAUUUUAGUGUGGUUCCUCAGCUCUGCAGUCCAUGCAUUGCCAUACCACUGGUCACAUUACCUGCCGACAGAACUCAUGAACAUGUGAUUUCUUUCUUUCUUGCUUGUUUUUCGUCACAUUUAGACAUUUAACACAUUGAACAGUACUUAUUGAACAGUACAAAUUCAACUGCAUCGCUUUGGCUUAAUUGGAGUGCAAAUGUGCUGCAAAAAUUAAAGCUGAAGACACGUGUCCUCACGUCCAGGACCUUUUUUUUUUUUUGUGUUACUGUGGUGGAUCAGCAGUCACCAGCUUUCAUCUCACUUUGGCUGCUGAGAUGAAGAAACACUACUUAAAAAUAUUUAACUGACCCCCCCCCAUUUUUUAGGAGAAAAGGAAAGUGUUUCCAACAACACACCUUGUGCGGCAUGGUGUUUUUCUCAUGUGUGGUCAUGCUUUACACUAUAGAUAUCUUUUUUUUGUUUUAGUUUUUGAAAAUGUAAUCAGUUUGUUUACAUUUGAUUUUACUGAAUUUUGUAUUAAGGAUCUCUGGGGGAUUAAGUUUGGGUGUUUAUGGCCUCGCUGUAGUUAAAUAUACAUCUGAACAUCUAAAGUCAGACAUGACUAAUCAAACUGCAACAUGUCACUACUGAUAAUUCCGAUUGAGACAUAAAUGUACCAUUUAUAGGAUGCUAUUUUAUUUCCUCCUGGACCUCUCGAAGCCUGAUUGUGUGCGCCAAUAUUUGUACAUUUCUAGACACUUUGACAGAAAGUGACAAUGGGAACAAAAAUGAAUGCAUAUUAGUAUGCACAGGUAUCCUUAUUUUUUACUAGUGCAGAUGCUCCAAAGAAAGCAGAAAGGUGACAUUAGAAUGUGACUGGUCCAGGAGGAAUAUUGAACAUAAGCUCCCAAGUCUUAGUCACUUCCUCAGAGACCUGUUUGUGUUGGGGUUUGAGC